UUUUUAAAAUGAAAAAAAUUAGUAUUUUAAAUAAUUUUGCUAUAAUAAUUAUUAUUUUAAAAUCGAAAAAAAAAUGGAUGAUGGUUAUUCCACCGCCGAACAGAGUGUGCUGACGUGAACAUCACACUGAUAUUCUUUGUUUUGUUUUCUGGGAUUGGAUGAAGAAUGUUGAGAAUUGAAUUGUGGAAUAUAUUAUAGGCUCUAGAAUUAUUUUUUUCCAUGUAAAUGAAUUUCUCGUCGUUUUUAUGAGGGAGAGUUCCACUCAUUCAUGGCUUAUUCCUCUUCUUGUUGUCGUCUAUCCUCUCUCACACACAGGAGAUUUUGUUUGUGUAUAGUUGCUGCUUCCUAGCUUCGGCAACAAGUGGCUGAUAGGUUGAUGGUGCAGUCUCUUUGGAGCAAUGGUGAUUCCAAUAGCAGUGUCGCUGGUGGUGAUUCUCAUAGGGUUGGCUUAUAAGGCCGUAAAGCCGCCACCUCCUAAAAUAUGUGGAUCCGUAGGUGGUCCUGAAGUAGCUUCACCCAGAGUGAAGCUCAGUGAUGGGAGGCAUUUGGCCUACCGAGAAUUUGGUGUUCCAAAGGAAGAAGCUAGGUACAAGAUCAUUGUCAUUCAUGGUUAUGACAGUUCCAAAGACACAAGUUUACCAGUUUCUCAAGAACUUGUUGAAGAUCUAGGGAUAUAUUUCCUCCACUUUGACAGAGCAGGUUAUGGUGAAAGUGAUCCACAUUCGUUACGUUCUGUGAAGAGUGAAGCAUAUGAUAUUCAAGAACUAGCUGAUAAAUUGGAGAUUGGUCAUAAGUUUUAUAUAAUUGGUAUGUCAAUGGGAGGUUACCCUGUUUGGAGCUGCCUAAAAUACAUUCCACACAGAUUAUCAGGAGCAGCCUUGGUGGCUCCAUUUAUAAGCUAUUGGUGGCCUUCUUAUCCUGAAAAUCUACUAAGAGAAGCAUUUCUGAUGCUACCUCACUCAGACCAAUGGACUUUUCGAGUUUCACAUUAUGCCCCUUGGUUGUUCUAUUGGUGGAUGACUCAAAAAUGGUUCCCUUCAUUGACUUUGACAAAUUUGUUGUCUCCUGAUGAUAUAGAGAUCGUGAAGAGCUUGUCAGAACUCCAAAACACUGGCCAGGAGAGGAUAACUCAGCAAGGUGAAUAUGAAUCAUUACACCGAGACAUAAUGAGUGCUUUUGGAAAGUGGGAAUUUGGACCAACAGACAUAACAAAUCCGUUCCCUGAUAAUAAUGGUUCGGUUCACAUAUGGCAAGGCUUUGAAGAUAGGAUCAUUCCCUACACGCUGAACCGUUACAUCUCUCACAAAUUACCGUGGAUUCGUUAUCAUGAGCUUCCUCAUGCAGGACAUCUAUUUCUCUUCAAGAAAAAUGAAUGUGAGUCUAUUAUCAGAGCACUUGUACUCACAUGAUAUUUCGUAAUAUGAUGUAGUGUGCGGAGUAAACCAUUGGUCUUGUGAAUGCGAUGGCAACAAAACUUUGUAAGCAGUUACGAUAUAUAUUUUUUUAAAUCUUAAGAGUUGUUCUUAUUUUUACAAUA